AUUUUGAUUUCAAUUCAAUAAUUUAUCGAAGUACCUACAUAUCACUGGUUUUUACACGAGUUUCAGAGAUACCUAAGUAUAGUUCGUAUUCCUUCCUGACAGAAAAUUUUCGUUCACAAAUCAAAAAUGGAUAAGAAUUUCACGCUUAAACCUCAAGUCAUCCUGUGUUUAUUAUCAAUUUCUUUGGUACAAUACAACACCAUUCAAAUGGCCGAUGCUCAUUUACAUAAUAACGACCUUUCAACGGCUAUACCUUGCCUGAGGGAAUUUUUCGGAGACGAAUGUGCACGGAAACCCUUUCCAACCAUCAAAGAUACUUUUAACAAUGGAGAAUAUCUCGGAGCUCUUUGUGACAGUGUACCUCAGGAUGAUCUCGAUAAAAUGAUAGAACAAAAAACAACUGAAAACUCCGAAAAAACACCGAUAGAAGAAUGUUUAAUACGGGCAGAUAAUCCUAGCUUAUUUCAAAAAUACAUCGAUUUAGGUAAAAAUCUAGGAGAACCAGAACAGAAUAGUAAGCCAGCAGGAUCGGAAAGUCUUCAAAAAACAGAAUCUGAAAAUUCUAAUUCGGGUUCUCUAGUUUUGGAUUUUUUCAAAGGAACAUGUAACUCGAAAAAAGAAAUCAUUGAAUUUAAUCAAAUAGAAGGUGAAAAGGAGCAGCAAGGUACUUUAGCAUGUUUGGCAAAAUGCAGCAGUAACUUCAUAGAUAGACUUCGAGAUAUGUUGAAUGAUGUUAAAAAUGAAGCCAUAGAAUUAAUACAAAGUCUAAUAACCGACGAGAAUAAGAAAUCGUUGGACUCGCCAAAGUCAAAGGAUGCUGCAUCGAAACAACAAAUAGCAGAACGGCUAAAAGCUUUUGAUGAACGAAUUAAAAAUUUGCAAGAUAUGCCGAAGCCAUCGGAGGCAUUCUCCAAGGAGAAAUUUCAUUUAGAAUUUCAAAAAGCAGAUAAAUCAAAGGGUAUAGAUUUAAUAACAGAAAUUGGAGAAAAAUAUCUGGUGCUGUACGCAGAACUUUACUUUGUCCUAAGUUUUUACAGAACGAAAGAGACAAUGCAGUCAAAUUCUGCCCUAGGAAAGCUCGACAGUAAUUUAGGUGGUAUUUUUUCCUUGUACAAAAAUUGCGCCAAGUUAGAAUGUGGCAUGGCUUCAAAGAGUAUUCCAUUAUACGAUUUAAUCGAAACCGGUGCAAGAGAUCCUAAAUUCGCAAUAAUGAAAAAUGUUGACAGCGCUAAAGAAAGAUUCAGAAAUUGGGUACAGCAGAACCCAGAAGGCUGGGAAUCUUGCAAAACGCUCAAAGAUCCGACUUCACUCGCCUCCUCACCAGUUUGCCAAAUGGUCUUUGGUAUGGUCCGAAAAGGACUGAGCAGUACUCCUAAAGGGAAUGGGCUUGUGAAAACUUUCGACGAUAUUUUAGCUAAAGCAGACAGUUGGGUGAAAGAGAACCCACAGUACUUGGAAGCGAUCGAAGAGUGGGCGAAAAAACAUCCGCACAACUGGAAGAAUUUCUGCAAAGCGUUUAUGGGGUCUGCGGGGUCCAAUACGUCGCUAUCCAGAAGUAAUAGUUCGAAUUAAAAAGGGGAGGUGUAGAAAUAGGUACCUACCUAAUUACACGAAAUCAUAAAUUUAUAAUAUUAGUUAAUAAGGUAUUCAUGAAUGUAAAUACA